AUGGAGAGUCUGAGUCUGCAAUCACUUGUUCCAGAUGAUGAGCUGAUGGUUCGCAAGUCUGUAAGCUAUCGUCCGAGGGUUGGGGCCGACUACUUUAUCCAACAUGGCCGGUCCGUCACUCCAACAUCGAGUUGGGGUUUCCUGCGGUUUCAGUACCAUGAAAAAUCUCCCUUUUCUCGUCUAUUGCAGGAGAAGUGUGAUACAACGAUAAAAGAGAGAGUUGCGGAACUGAUGGAGCAGAUAAGAAGCAUGUCCAAGGAUCCUACUGACAUCUUGCAAACUAUGAAUUUGGUCGAUUCAAUCCAGCUUCUUGGAUUGGAUUAUCGCUUCGAGAAGGAAAUAAGUGAAGCGUUAAACCAUAUCCAUGAUGCCCAUAUUGACGACCAUGUUCUUUGCGACACUGCUCUCCGAUUUCGACUGCAAAGAGAAAGAUCCAUAGAGGAUAUGGUUAAGUGGUGGAACGAAAUAGCACCCUCCAAAAGUCUUGAUUUUGCUCGAGACCGAUUGGUGGAGUGCUACUAUUGGACUCUGGGCAUAUACUUUGAACCCCACUAUUCCCGUGCACGAAUGAUAACGGCCAAGGUCUUUGCUCUAAUAUCUAUUAUGGAUGAUAUCUAUGAUGUCUACAGCACACUGGAGGAGAGUCAACAAUUCACUGAGGCAAUUCAAAGAUGGGAUGCAAAAGCUGUUCAUAAAUUACCAGAGUACAUGAAGGACUACUUUCUCAAGUUAAUUCACACCUUUGAAGAGUUCGAAACUUUGCUAGCACUCAAUGAGAAGUAUCGCUUGUACUAUCUCAAGGAAUCGAUGAAAGCUGUAUCUAAAGCUUACUUUGAGGAAUCCAAAUGGAGUGCUCCACGUUACGUGCCAACUCUGGAAGAACACCUACAGGUUUCCCUCAUCAGUGCAGCAAAUCCUGUACUCGAAUGUGCUUCUUUUGUUGGAAUGGGGGAAAUAGCAACUGAGGAGGUAUUUAAGUGGAUUACUAGUUUCCCAAAGAUUGUCCAAGCUUCUGGAAUAAUUUCUCGGAUUAUGAAUGACAUUACUUCACAUGAGUUGGAACAAACUAGGGAACAUGUUGCCUCCACAGUCCAAUGCUACAUGAAAGAGUUCGGAAUAGAUGUGCAUGUGACAUGUAAGAAGCUCCAAGGUCUAGUUGACGAUGCAUGGAAGAAGAUAAACGAAGAGUGCCUCAAUCCGACUGCAUUCUCCUUUGCUUUACUUGAAAGGAUUAUUAAUUAUUCGCGAAUGGCAGAAAAUAUAAAUAAACACAUUGAUGGAUACACCAACUCCUCUAUGAGGACAAAGGAAUAUAUCUCUUUGUUACUUGUAUAUCCUAUUCCACUUUGA